AUGCAAAGCAGAGACGUUGAUCAUCAACCAAAAUCACUUUUCAUUUCAUUAAUAGCUUCACUUUUCAAUUAUUUGAGUGGACUGAGAGGAGGACAGUCACAACAACAGUCACCUUCUUUUUCCACAAACAAUAAUAAUAACAAUAAUAAUAGUAGUACUUUAAAUACAAAUAACAAUUUACAGCAACAACAGCAAAAUCAACAACAACAUCAAGAAAAGUUAACUUCUCCAGCAAUAAUACAACAGGAUUCCAAAAUAAAUUUAUUAUUAAGUCCAUUAAAGAAAAAAGAAUAUUCAAAAAAGAAAAAAAAAGACGAUAUUGAAAUCGAUUCAAACAAUAAUAAUAAUCUUCAAAAUCAAGAUUUAGAAUCAUCAUUGUUUAAUUCAACAUCAUCUAGAUAUAGACGAAAAUCUACACCUCUUAACGACAGUCAUCAUCAUCAUAACAAUAAUAACAAUCGUAGUAAUAGUAAUAGUGAUAUACCAUUGACUACAUUUUCUUCGAAUACAUCAAUUGAAGACGACAACGACGACGAUAACAACAACAUUCAUCACAAAGAAAUGUCAUCAAAAACCUUUUCAUACUCUGCUCACUCACCGCCACCCUCAACAUUAAACUACAACAAAGAUACUAAUGCCAAUAACAAUAACAAUCUAAACAGAAGUUGUAGCAACUACAUUGAAAUUGAGGAGUUUGGUGAUAAUAUAGACGAAGCUGGUUCUCCUCUAAUGUCUGAUUCAAGCAUACCUCUCUUAACUGAGGUAGAUAAUAGAACAGUAUUACAAAAAAUAAUAGAUUUUAUCAAAAGAAAACAUAUCUAUCUACCAAGAACAAUUAAUUUAGAAUUAGAGGAACAAACUAAACAAUUCCCACCAAACGUUGUUAGAAAUCAAAAAUACAAUGUCUAUACUUUUAUAUUUGUAAUUCUAUACGAACAGUUCAAGUAUUUUUUCAAUCUAUACUUCCUUAUUGUAGCUUUAUCACAGUUUAUUCCACCAUUACAAACUGGAUAUCUAUUUACAUAUGUUUCACCAUUGGUAUUUGUAUUGUCGAUCACCAUUUUGAAAGAGGCAUACGAUGAUUUUCAGAGAUAUCGUCGUGAUAAAGAAGCGAAUUCACAGCACUACCAGCGAUUGACAAAGAAUGGAUUCAUUUCGAUACCGAGCUCCGAUAUCAAAGUCGGACAUUUCAUCAAGGUCGAGACCAACCAGAGAGUACCGUGCGAUAUGGUAUUCUUGAGAACCACUGAGAAGAGUGGUGCCUCGUUCAUUAGAACCGAUCAACUCGACGGUGAGACCGAUUGGAAACUAAGAAGAUCCAUUCAUAUCACUCAGAAGCUGCCGAACGACGAAGCACUACUCAAUAUGAGCGCAUCGAUCUUUGCCGAACAACCAAAGAAAGACAUCUAUUCGUUCAUCGGUAACUUUACAAACAAUCAGCCGGCAGAGACAGAGUCGAUCAGCGUUGAGAAUACGCUCUGGGCAAACACUGUCGUUGCCAGUGGUAAUGUUAUCGGUUGUGCUAUCUACACUGGAAGAGAGACUCGUUGUGUUAUGAAUACAUCGAUUCCAUCGACAAAGGUGGGUCUGUUGGAUCAGGAGAUCAAUACUCUCUCGAAACUGCUGUUUGUUUUACUUUGUUUCCUCUCAUUUGUUAUGAUCGCUGUUAAAGGUUUCCGUGGAUUAUGGUACAUCUAUCUCUUUAGAUUCAUUCUUUUGUUUUCAUCUAUCAUUCCCAUCAGUAUGAGAGUUAAUCUCGAUCUUGGAAAGACUGCCUAUUCAUUCAUGAUGAUGAGAGACAAACAGAUUCCAGGUACUGUUGUUAGAUCCUCAACAAUCCCAGAGGAACUUGGUAGAAUUGAAUAUCUUUUAACUGAUAAAACUGGUACAUUAACUCAAAAUGAUAUGGUUUUCAAGAAAUUACAUUUAGGAUCUAUUUCUUAUACAAAAGACAGUCUUUCAGAUUUACAACAAGAGUUGAGAUCUUCUUAUCAGAUUCCAUCAUCGUCUUCCAACAGAAAUUCAGUCGCGCCAAGUAGAAGUAGAAGAAAUUUAGGUACAAAGAUAAAGGAAGCAAUCACUGCUAUCGCUUUGUGUCACAAUGUGACACCGGUUGUCACCGAUGACACUCAUGGCGAUAGUGAAGUCGAUAUUCACGAGGAUCAGAAUAUUCAGGUCGGUAGUCAAUCAAAGUUCAGUCAAUUCUUCAAGACCAAGGGUGGCUACGAGAAGAUCACUGAUAAGAAGAAAGUUGAGGAACCAGUCUCUUCGUAUCUCGACGAUGAGGAAGAGGAAGAAGAUUCAUCGUCGUCGUCGUCCUCCUCGCCAAAAGGAAAGAGUCAAAACUACCAAGCUUCGAGUCCCGACGAGAUUGCUCUCGUCAAAUUCACUGAAUCCAUUGGGCUGGUGUUGUCCGGUCGUGAACUGGCAUCGAUCACCCUGAAGAAUCCACUCGAUGAAUUGGAGAGCUAUGAGAUUCUCAAUAUCUUCCCGUUCACUUCGGAAACCAAGAGAAUGGGUAUCAUUGUUCGUGACACCGACGGUAUCAUUACCUUCUACAUGAAGGGGGCGGAUGCUAUCAUGGCGAAGCUCGUUCAGAACAACGAUUGGCUCGACGAGGAGUCUGGAAACAUGGCGAGAGAGGGUCUGAGAACACUCGCCUUUGGCAAGCGUGUUAUGACCGAGGAGGAAUACCACCAGUUCUUGAAUCGUUACAAUCAGGCAAAGACCUCGAUUGCCGAUCGUGCUGCCAAGGUACAAGACGCCAUCUCCACCAUCGAGAAGGAUCUCGAGUUGAUUGCGCUCUCCGGUGUCGAAGAUAAGCUCCAAACCAAUGUAAAGAUCACUCUGGAGCGUCUGAGAAAUGCCGAUGUCAAAGUCUGGAUGUUGACAGGUGACAAGAUUGAAACUGCAACUUGCAUUGCCAUCUCCACCAAGCUGGUAUCACGUACUCAAUCGCUCUUUACCAUCUCUGUAAACGAUAAGGCACGCGCAUUCGAACGACUCAAUCAAUUCUCGAGAAUGAGAGACACCUGUUUGAUUAUCGAUGGUCCAUCACUCCAGAUGUGUCUGGACAACUACAAAGACCAGUUCAUCGAGUACGUCUCGAAGGCUCCAUCCGUCGUUUGCUGUCGUUGCUCGCCAACUCAGAAAGCAGACAUUGUCAGACUGAUCAAAGAGAAAACCAAAAAGAGAACCUGUGCAAUCGGUGACGGAGGUAACGACGUCAGUAUGAUCCAAGCUGCCGACGUAGGUGUCGGUAUCGUCGGUAAAGAAGGUAAACAAGCAUCGCUUGCCGCUGACUUUUCAAUCACCCAAUUUAGUUAUCUCAGUAGACUGAUAUUAUGGCAUGGAAGAAAUUCAUACAAAAGAUCAGCUAGUCUUUCACAGUUUGUAAUUCAUAGAGGUCUUAUCAUUUCAUUCAUUCAAUGUGUAUUCUCUGCAAUCUAUUAUUUCGCAGCACUCUCAAUCUACAACGGUAUGCUCUUGGUUGGUUACGCAACUGUCUACACCAAUGCACCCAUCUUUUCGCUGAUUCUCGAUGAAGAUGUAUCCGAGGAGAUUGCAUUUAAAUUCCCUGAGCUUUAUCAUGAAUUACAAAAGGGUCGAUCACUAUCUUAUAAAACAUUCUCUAUAUGGGUGCUUAAGAGUGCCUACCAAGGUGGAAUCAUUAUGUUACUUUCAAUCAUCCUUUUCGAAAGCAGUCUUAACAAUAUCGUAUCGAUUACAUUCACAGCGUUGAUUCUCUGCGAACUUUUGAAUGUUGUUGUUGAGAUUCAUAGAUGGCACAAAUACAUGAUACUUUCACUGCUUGGUACUUUAUUGAUUUAUGUUAUUACAAUGAUGAUUCCUCAGAUUACUGCAUUUGAACUUUCAUUUAUUUUAUCAUGGGAAUUCGUAUGGAAGGUAUCAGUCAUUACACUUGUCAGUUGUUUGCCACUUUAUGUAAUUAAAUUCAUUAGUCGAAAAGUAGAUCCACCCUCAUACACCAAGUUAUCAUCUUCAUAA